AUGGCAUCUCUUACCGAACUGAAGCCCCCGAUGCCCUCAACAGCACCGGCCGCCACUCUCGGCAACAGCACACGACCCAAGUCUCGCACCGGCACUCUCAGGGAGACCGACUCCGACUCCGGUUCGGUGCAGACGUUGGACCCGUUGCGCAAGAAGUGGAUUAUCAGUGCUUCUAAUUGUGAUUACAAUUCAUUGCAUCAGUUCCUCAUAGAAGAGCCAAAACUGAGUUCAUUCAAAGACUUUACGAACGGUUACACAGCUUUGCAUUGGGCCGCGAAGUUCGCCAGUUUUCAUGUCAUCAAACUCUUAGCCGGCACUUAUGGGGUCAGCCCUAACGUCAAGUCUCACGGGGGAUACACUCCUCUACAUUUGGCAGCUAUUGAUGCCGACCCCAACAUUCGGGAUAACAGUGGCAAACGUGCGGACCAGUACCUCAUCACCAAAAGCCACAGUAUCAACAGUUUAGGAAAGCACUCAAAUGGUGUGAUUGCGAGUCAACGUAAGAGUCAUCCACUCACUAACGAAACCAAUACUUUCUCUCAUAACUCAAAUGCUUUCAUAACAAAUGACUCGUUUGGACCUAAU